CGCAGAAGUACAAUUUUACAGUAAUCUGUCGCCACAAAAACUGUUUAUUGUUCGCGCAUGCGCAGUUGCGAAACCCGCGCAAUGUUAGCACAACUUCCAAACGAAAUUAAGCAAAAACCAUGGCUGAAAGCCUCCUAAAUCAAGCACUAGCCCCCGACUUCGCUCCCGAGCCCUUCAUCCAGUGGCUCACGAGCCCGGAAUUGCAGGGGGCCCAAAGCACCGCCUACUCCUGCUCCCGCACCGAUUUCAUCACUUUCUUCCUCAACUACGUGCACGAGGAGAUCGGUAGCGCGAUCAGCGAGCGCAAGCCGGAGCCCCUCGACACCAGCAAAAGUAGCACCGAGCUGGGCCCCCAUGACUUGAACACGAGUGUCUGUAACAGCACCCCGAAAGGGGGCUCCGACUCGAGCGUCCUGAGCUACAUGAGCCCCAUUUCGCCCAUCUGUUUGGGCGAUUUUUUCGUCAACAAGCGUGCGCCCCCUCGUAAAACGAAAAAGCGAAUCAAACCAACGAAUUUAACGCUGAAUAGUUCAAGCUUCCACAAGUCGGACAAUAGUUUUAAUUUUACUAGCGAGAGUGAGGAGUUUCCAAGUGGGCGCUCGUUCCUGCUAGAGGAGCGCCUGAAAGUUGACUUUCGGAGCCCCAAGACUGUUAUACCGGGGGGCGAAGUCCUGCCAGAGCUGGGCCUGGUGACCAAUCGCCCCCAAAUCGACCGAAUUGUCCAACUUUACUCGCUUUUAAUCGCCGAUAAUUGCGUCCUAAACCUCACACGCGAAAUAUAUUUUCUCAUCACGUUGCUUUUGAAAAAACAAUUUUACAACAAUGACUGGGGCAUUAACGUGUUAAGUGACACAAUCACCGGUUUUUUGUUCAAUUCAAUUCACAACGUAGUGUAUUUUGCCAGCAAAUCGCUCGAGAAUCUAGUAGGCGUUUUGCGAAAUUUUGACAAUUCAACGGUUCGGUUACUAACCGAAAACAAGCGACUGCGCGAAUUCGCGCCAACUCUGAUCGCACAAUUGGAACAGACCGUGAAACCUGACCGGGUGUUAAUUUCGCUUGAAAAUUUGCAAAAUAAUAUUUGUUUUAAUUCGGACACCGAUAACCGUAAUAAUUUUCCGAACGACUUGUCGUUUCACGCGUUUAAAAAGCAGCGCGAUUUGUUUUACGAUAUUUUGCGCGUGUGGGAGCAGCACCAUCUAGCGCCCGGUUUUAGUUACACGGUGAGUCUUGGCGGGAAAAUUAAAACGCUUUUGAGUUUGUCGCUGGAGCCGACGAAUUUUGUGCAUUUCGCGCGGUUAUUCAAAGGUCAAUUGUUGACGUGUCGCGUUUGCGACGACUUGAUUAUUACGAGUUUGGACGUUGAUGCGCAAAAAUUGAACAAAUUGAAGAAUCGCUGCGUGACGAAGGAGUCAAAUCAGGGGCUGAAUUCGUUGCCGAAGUUUAGCGAGAGUGAGGAGUUUUUUCGGGAUUUUAUCGUGGUUGGGGCGAAUUUUGCGUUUAAUAGGCAUCUGGCCGAUGCGUUUGUUGAGGAGAUUGUCGAGUUGAAUGAGAGUUAUUUUGGGAAUGCUGAGGAAGAUGAGAAUAGUGUGGAUUUGGUGACGAAAAAAUCGUACUUUUCGUGUGUUAAGUCGUUGCGGAUUUUGGCCAAGUUUUUGGGGUUUGUUGAGUCUUUGCCGUAUAAAAGUGAGUGUGGGAAUUAUUCAGAGCAAUUGUUGACCACACAUUUGAAGAUACGGAAGCAGAUUUGUCCAACUUUCGACGUCAAAACACUUCUUGAAAACUCAAUACGUCGCAAAUCUGUCAUUUUAUGCGUCCCUUGGCUCAUUAAAUACCUCUCAAUGCUUGAUACAGUCACCUUAAAACUCCCCUACUACACCCAAAUCCAGAACACUCUUUACUGGAUUUAUCGUAACUUCAACUGGGGUCCUUCCCCCAACAUAUACCUCAUCAAAUUCUGUCUUGGUUGGUUGUUUGAACUACCGCACAUACCCGACAACAACGCCCUCUAUUUCACAACGGAAGAAACAACACAAAAUAGUACAGAAUCGCCAAAAACUUCCUACAUCGAUCAAUUGGAAAUCGUCGAUCAGGACAUUUUAUAUUUCUGUUGUCCGUAUUUAAACGAAAUCAAGAAGCUCCUGACCACGACAACAACCAAUCAAAUGAUCACAAUUAAACACAUAACCCCGGUUACCGCGCAACAAUCGCCGGACGAAAUCGCCCGAAAAAAACUCGAACAACAACUCGAGGAGGCUUUUUUCAAUGGACAACCGAUUUCGUUGCGUAAAAGUGUCGAAUUUGUGAGCGAACGCGUGGCUUCGACUUGUGUUAAAUACGUGUGUAGUGUUCUAGUGCCUGAAUUUAAAAAAAAAUCACUCGAAACUUUCAAAUCAAUGAUCAGUACAAUCGAUGAUGAAACUGUUUUAAAACAAAAAGCCAAUCAGUUCGCCACCGAUUGCUUAAACGAACUGCAAGUCGCUUGUGAGCGUGAAAUUAAAAAAAUCACACAAAAUAAAAUCCGCAAUGGAAUUGAAUCGUUACUUGCGAUGGACGUUUUGCCACAAACGCGCGACGUUUGUGUGGGAAUCACCGAAAAAAUGUGUCUCGAAAGAGUGCGGCAGUGGCUAGAGGCACACGUCACGUCUGUUAUUUUCAGUAAGGAUUUCAACGACGAGGUGCAAAAAUUGACCAAUCAGGAGACGAAACGAACGAAACCACUGUUUGUGCUGCCGCCUGGCGGCUCGAAGCGGCAACACAAUGACAGGACGAUCAGUGGGGCCCAUUUAGUUACAAAAUUUCAGUCACUAACUAUUGAUAUAAUCGAGGGUAAAAACGUCCAUAAUCAAUUGAUAAGUUUAUUGGACGCCACCAGUGAUAGUAUCAAUGAACGUGGUGACUUCAACCAGUGUGUGGUGGCAACACUGUGCACCCAAAUACUGGACGUUGUGAUUUUACUACUUGGCAGUGGUGUUUUAGAUGGCGUCCUGUCAAAGUCAUGUGACAUUUGGCGGUUGUAUUACCGCGAUGAUUUGUUUAAAUCGUUGCUAUCGCCACGAAAUGUCAUCAUUUUGGGGCGAUCCAAAGCCGCCUGGGACGCUUUCGCGCAGUUUUGCGCCCUUUUACUCAAACAAAAGUUACUAACUUGUGAUAGUUUCGAGGCACAGUGUACGGGGAUUUUUCGGACGGAUUGGGAUCAGGUGACCCUGAAGGUUAUUAGCGAUUUUUUCAAACGUUUCCACACGUUGUAUCGUGAGCAAGGCGGAAGUGUGUCAGAUUUUACGUUUUUAUUGGACUUUUUCUCCGAUUAUUGUGAAGAUUUGGUUUAAUAAAACACAAUUUUAAGAGA